CCCAUCCUCACUCCUCACUCCUCACUCCUCUCCUCUUCUCCUUCAUCAUCAUGCCUCCCCUCUUCUCUCCCUCCCUCUCCCUCCCUCCUUCCUCCCAACCCUUCUUCCUCCUCGGUGUGGGUUCUUCCGGGGCCAAAGACAAACAAGUGCCCCUUGGUUUUCGCCUAAGAUGCAGAGCCAUAUCCAGACCUGCACGGACGGAAGAAUGCGCUGCCAUAUUUCAGGGUGGUCUUCCGACGUUCAAGUGGCACGAGGCUGUGCAGGAUGACAUCCACGAGGAGGAAGCUCGCGAGAUUCCGGUGAGCACUGAGAUCAAAAAGCGGGUUGAGGCUAUCAGAUGGAUAUUGGAUUCCAUGGAUGAUGGGGACAUCAACAUAUCUGCUUACGACACGGCAUGGGUUGCUCUUGUUCCAGGCGUUAAUGGAAGUGGUGUCCCACAGUUCCCCUCCAGUCUCGAAUGGAUAGUGAACAACCAGCUUCCUGAUGGUUCUUGGGGUGAUCAACAAGUUUUCUCUGCUCACGAUAGAAUCAUCAACACGUUAGCUUGUGUUAUUGCAUUAAAAUCAUGGAAUAUCCAUCCUGGAAAGUGCGAGAAAGGGCUGGCAUUUUUCAGAGAAAACAUCAGCAAGCUCGAGGAUGAGAAUGCUGAGCAUAUGCCAAUCGGUUUUGAAGUUGCUUUCCCUUCCCUUCUGGAUAUAGCUCGCGAUCUCAACAUUGAAGUUCCGGAUGAUUCCCCAGUGCUGAAGCAAAUCUUGGCGAUGAGGAAUGUAAAGCUCACAAGAAUACCAAGGAAGAUGAUGCAUAAAGUGCCCACAACAUUGCUUCAUAGCUUGGAGGGUAUGUCAGAAUUGGACUGGAAGCAGCUUCUAAAAUUGCAGUGUGAAGAUGGGUCUUUCUUGUUUUCUCCCUCCUCCACUGCCUUCGCUCUUAUGCAGACUCAUGAUCAAAACUGCCUCAAUUACUUGAAUAAAGUAAUCACCAGGUUCAAUGGUGGAGUUCCAAAUGUGUACCCGGUGGAUUUGUUCGAACAUAUUUGGGUCGUUGAUCGGCUGGAGCGCCUUGGAAUAUCCAGAUAUUUUAAGCAAGAGGUGGAGGACUGUGUCAGCUAUGUUCAUAGAUACUGGACCGACAAGGGAAUUUGUUGGGCGAGAAAUUCAAAUGUUCAAGAUAUUGAUGACACAGCAAUGGGAUUCAGGAUACUGAGAUUACAUGGCCGCGAAGUUUCAGCUAAUGUGUUUAAGCACUUUGAGAGAAAUGGUGAGUUCUUCUGCAUUGCUGGGCAGUCAACACAAGCGGUGACAGGAAUGUUCAAUCUGUAUAGGGCUAGUCAAGUAGGGUUUCCUGGAGAGAUGAUUCUGGAAGAUGCGAAGAAGUUCUCAGCCAAAUUCCUGAGAGAGAAAAGAGCAGCAAAUGAGCUCAUAGAUAAAUGGAUCAUCAUGAAGAACUUACCUGGAGAGGUGGCUUAUGCAUUGGACGUGCCAUGGUAUGCAAGUUUGCCUCGAGUAGAGACAAGGUUUUAUAUGGAUCAGUACGGGGGUGACACUGACGUCUGGAUUGGCAAAACUCUUUAUAGGAUGGGAAAGGUGAGUAAUAACACUUAUCUUGAGCUAGCAAAAUUAGAUUACAACAAUUGCCAACGGCUGCAUCAGACAGAAUGGAGCAAUAUUCAACAGUGGUACUCAGAAUGCAGAUUGGGAGAGUUUGGAUUGAACAGAAGAUCACUUCUAAUGGCUUAUUUUGUGGCAGCAGGCAGCAUAUUUGAGCCCGAAAGGUCUCAAGAGCGAAUUGCAUGGGCCAAAACAGUAGCCUUGCUCGACACAAUUACAACUUAUGUUGAUGAUGAAGAAAUGAGGAACGCUUUUGUUGAGAAAUUCAACCACUACAUCAAUGGAGGAGGAGACUUCUCCGUUGGCUGGAGGUUGAAUGGGUACAGAACAGGGCAGGGACUGGUGGAGGCUUUGGUUGGAACCAUAGAUCAACUCUCUUGGGAAACUCUCCUAUCUCAUGGCCAUAAAAUUGGCCGUGACAUGCAUCACAGUUGGCAAAAGUGGCUUUCAAGUUGGCCUAGUGGAGGAGACAAGAGGGGAGGACAGGCAGAGCUUUUGGUGCAAAUAAUUAACCUAAGCGCAGGCCACAGGAUAUCAGGGGAACUACUAUUCAAUCAUCAAUACCAGCAUCUACUUCAACUCACAAAUACUGUAUGUUACAGGCUCCGAUAUCAUCAAAAGGACCAGGCCAUCGAGAAUGGAAGUUAUGGAAGUUGCAGUAUGAAGUACAACAUCAGCACCAUAGAAACAGAGGCAAAGAUGCAAGAACUCGUGCAAUUAGUGUUUAAAAAAUCUUCUAAUGACAUCGAUUCCAAUAUCAAGAAUACUUUCCUCACAGUGGCUAAGAGUUUUUACUACCAAGCUUUCUGCGAUGAAAGAACUAUCAACCUCCACAUUGUCAAAGUUCUCUUUGAGAAAGUCAUCUAAUUAUUUGUCUGUCGUCUUCCAUAAAUGUCACCUUCAAUGUGCAUAGUUACCAUGAACAUAAACAAGAUCAUUGGUUGUGACUGGGUGAAUCAUUUUCCUUACAAAAGAGGUGGGAAUAAAUUGAAGUGACAACAUAUUGUAUUAAGCAGUGUUUUGUACAUUAAUUUUAAAUGAGAAGUUACAUUUCCAACA